AUGUCCACCAGCCGCGCUACCGUCGAAGAACACUUCGUUAAAUCUACUAUAGUUAGUACUUAGUAGUUGCCUGACACUGCCACGAUGAGUCCUUUUCUAGGUAAGUAGAAUAUACAAAUAAUAAAUAUUAUUUUACUUUAAUGUACUUACAACAGAAAAGAAAUUAUUUCAUAUUAAUGUUAGUUUUUUUUUUUUUUGUUGUUGGUAGGUACUUUUAUAUUAUUAUUCUAUGGAUAGACCCUUCAAUUUUUUCAAGAUAGAAAUUCACCUUGAUGCAUAAUUAUUUAAAUGUUACUUAAAACAAAUUCAAGUAUCCCCUAAAAAAAAUUCUGUAAAACUGUAUUAUAUAAUCGAUAAUUAGGUGACAAUUGUUACAUAAAGUAUAUCUUAAGUGGUUAAUCGUCUGCACUGACCAUUCCGUAAAUAAAUAUUGUUCACAGAGGUCUAUAAUUGUAUAAUUUAAAUUGUAAUUUAAAAUCAGUAAUUCAACCAUUUUUAUUUAUUGGAUUUUCUCAUAGACCUUAUAGGUACUAUAAUGUGAUUAUAAAUACUAUAGUAUUUACUAUUUAUUAGGUAGUAAUAUUAAAAAAGUAGCAGUCAUUGUUACUUUUCACUGUGAUUCAAUGAGUAGCAGUAAUAGUGUCUGUUACUCAUACAUUAAGUAAACAUCAGUGAUAUUAAAUUUUCUAACUGAAAUUUGUUUAACUGUGAAAAAUGUUUAAGACUGUGAUAUUAUGAAAUGUGAAUAAUAUGUAAUUAUUUCUACUUGCUACCAUAGUUAUAUUAUAGGUACAUUAAGUAUACUAUUAUAGCCUAUAGGUAUAUGUAGGACAUGUAAGUACAUUUAUAUAUAUCUAUGGUUGCUACUUGACAUUUUAUUUGUUGUCAAAGUAGCUUCUUUUGGAAAAAAAAUAUUUUACAUUGAAACAUAAAAAUAAAUCAAUGAUUCAUGAUUUUAGAUAGGUAUUUAUUAAUUUAUUGUAUUAAUUUGUAUUCAUUAUUUUUUAACUAAUGAUUAUUAUUUCACAUUUACACUCAUGGAUAUUAAUAAUUUAUUAUCUGUGAUCUAUUUGAUAUCAAGACUAAAAUAAAUAGAGUAGUACCCAUGGUUGAAAUAUACAAGUUUAUUGCCAUGAAGACUAGAAUAAGGAGACCGACUUUGCCUUUGAUAAUGUCAAAAUUAUAAAAAUGUAGUAAAAAAAUUGCUGUAAACUCUCCCGUUUGCCACGUUUUCCCAGAUUUUCUCAAUUAUGAAACGACAAGGAAAAUUAAAAUAUGACCUCCCCAAUGCACCAACGUAAUCAAAAUUGUUUAUAGUAUCUGGGUUGAGUUUAGGUUAGGUAAACUGCGUUGUCCCUCCUACUAGGAAGAGAUUCACGCAUUACACUUUGAACACUUCUGAUUGAUUUUCACAAGUUUGACCCUUAGACACUCGCAAAUGAUCAAUGUAAUUUAUGUACUAUAGAAGAAAUAACUAAUUUUAAACAUUUUGAAUUUAAGUAAUACUACCUAUGUAAUAAGUAAUUACAGUUUGUUUAAACGUGCUCCGGUUUUUGGCUUGAUUGCACUUUAUUUGAAUUUUUAGAAAUUCGUCCUUAGGUCCUUUUAGAUUUAGAGAGGAACGAAGGAUCUUUUGAUUUUACUAUGAUGUGUGUGUUUUGUCUUUUAUUUUGUAAUGAUAUGCUAUUUAAGCUAUUAUAUAUAGUUAAAAUAAAAUGUAAAAUCAAUAAUGUAAAAUAAUUAUAAUAAUUGAUAGCCAUUAAGUAUUAGAUAAGUUGUUAGCAUUAACCAGAUUAAGACAACACAUUUACACACGCACACACACAUAGGUCUCCAGUCAUAAGGAGGCCGGUCCCUUCUAAUCAGCUCUGUGUGUGUAUUGUUCCCGUUCCUUUUGGACAGAUGAUCACAAGCGAGUAUAAAGACUACGCAGAGAUUCUUACAAAAGGACGGGAACCUACAGUGGCGGAUCGUACUAUGGGGUAAACGGGCACGUGCCCUACCUACAAAAUUGAAAGAAAGAAGGGAAAUUAUAUUAAAUUAAAAUUGAGUUGGUGUUUCCAUCAUAAUAAUAUAGUUGGCUAUAAUAAAUUUUUAUAAUAUCUUUAAAAAAAAAUGUAAUCAAAAUAAAUACGGGUGCUCCUGCGUACAAUACGUACGAUACUAUAUUAUACGGGCGUUGGGUGGCGGGCACAACGAAUUUGAAGGUUCCGAACCUAGAACAGUGUUGUAUGAUUAAAAAUUAAUAAAAAAAAACAAUUAGUAUAUUAAAAUCUUUUUAUUUACUUCGGUCACCCUUAUCCGAUUCAACAGAUCGAUUGCCGCCUGAAGGAGAAAGGUAAUUCAAUUUAUAACUAAUUUACACAUUUGAAUCAAUUUUAUAUAGUUAGGCUGACCAUAUUUUUGAUUACAACAAUUUUUAGUGUCUGAAAAGAAAUUUUAUCUAGUUGAUUCAUUGAUAAUGUAAUUUUUUGAUUUUAUAAUGGUUUUUCAAAAGAAUUCGAAAAAACUGCAAACAUUUAUGAUCUAACGCAGCGUUACGAUUUCAUUAUUUUAAAUUUGUAUGCAUGAUUUUUUUCUACCAAGGAACAUUGCUCCAAUAGAAAAGCGUAUAGAGACCUUUUUUGCAAUUGUGAUAUAUAGUUAGUAAAUAAUUUAUUUUUUUAAUAAUUGAGCAAAACCGAAAAAAAAAACGUGUACGAAAAUAAUAAAAGUAUUAUUUUUUUUUUUUUUUAUAAUUCAUUUUAAAUUAUAUUAUAGUUUUAUAUUUGUCAUUUAUAGAACUAUUUGGCGAUCGAAGCAAAUUUUGUAAACAAAUUGAACAUUUAAUGUCGUCGAUAGACCGGAUAAACAAUGAUUCCUCGGUCAAAGAACAGCUCGAUCGACUUAGAGUGUCUAUUGAAAGCUGCAUAAAAGAAUGCGGACGUAUUUAUAUUUUUGGUUCUCGAAUGUAUGGAAUUGCACAAGACAACAGUGACGUGGACUUUUAUUUUGACCCUGGUUGGUAUUUGUUUAUAAAUUAAUAACAAAUUGAGUAGUACCUAUAGGUACAAACGAUGUACCUUUACUAUAUACUUAGGCAGAUCAGGUGAUGGGUUAUUAUUAAAGAGUUUAAUAUUAAACUCUUUGAAAUUGAGCGGCUGUCAAUAUUAAUGAGUGAGAAUCAAACUAUUUUCGACUUUGUGAUGCAUAUUCUGUAUGAUGAGUAUAAAGAAAAAAAAUAAUUUAUCCCCGUUGCAUGUAUGAAAAGAGUUUGCAAUCAACAUAUCUAUAAUAUAUCUGAUAUCAAAUUGUAGAUAAAAUAGAUCAGGAAUGGUUAACAUAAAUAUGUUCGCGAGCCACAGGGAUAAAUACAAUGAUAUUAAGAGCCAGAAAACGGGAGUUAAGGGCUUAUUUAUCUUUAAGAUGAGAAUGGCAGAGGCUCUUUAGAUUGUGUUUUUAAGAUAUUCGUAACGUUUUUUACCAGAAAUUCUUUUUCCUCAAUUUCUUCUUUAAUGAGAUCUGUUGGGAUUGUAUGAUGUAGAUUCCUGAUAACAAUUCUUAAAGACUUUUCUUCGUGUGUCUGGUACGUGUAGUGCUCGAAUUUGUUGUCAUUGAGCAGCUUUAUUACAGCACGAAAGGAAUUGGUAGAGUGAACGUUUAGCUUGAUAUUUUUUUUAGACGAUUUUCAUAGGAAACUCUCAGUUUUCGUUAUUAAUUCUAAGUUCUUACAAAGAUUGACGUAAUUAAGCGGAGUUUUUAUGAAAAUUGGUGGUGGGGGUAAUGGUGGAGGUGGUUUGUUGGGUUCGAUGUCAGUUACAAGUUCGGUGUCAGUUACGAGGUCCAUAUUAUCAUCCGCGAGAUUUGCUAAUGAAAAAAAUCGAUUUGAAGAAAUAAAAUUGUUUUCGUUGUUUUUUUUUUUACAAGGUGAGAUAAUAUUAUUAUACCUGUUGCGUUUGUUUGUUUCAACGUUUUGCUAAUCCAGGUCGUUACAUAAAAAGGUCAGCGGAGAUACGUCUUCUCCUUUCGUUAUGUACAUAGGUGGUUUCUUGAUAACUAACGGAGAUAUGCAUUUUACCUGUUUAUUUUUGAUUAUUAGGGGUUUUGUCAGGCUCAUGACGUGGUAGGAUAUUGAUAACGCCGCGGGUUGUGGCCAGUGACUCCGCGGCGGUAGUAUGGGCGAUGUAUAGGUUUUUAUAUUUUAAAUGUACACGAAAUAUUUCCGUAAAACGGCGAUAUUAAAAUUUAAUUGACAAGUAGUGUAUGUCUAAGUACUCAAUCAUUUUAAUUGACGCGAUAAGCGAGCAGCUACAGUGCGCGUGUGAAACGGAUGUCGCUGUCUAAUUAGCCAAAAAAAAUAAAAUAAAAAUAAAAUUCAUAAUAAUAGUUUUUUAAUAUGAUUUUUUUUUAAUAAGACGUGGGUCUUAAGUUGACCUCCCUUGGUAUAUAGGUGAUUUAGAAGUGUGCUCACUCGGUCAACGGGUUGACGGGAAUCAACAAUUUUAAUACCAACAUUUAUACAAAGUAAUACUCUAUCUAUUUAUAGAAUUUAUAACAUUGGUUUUCAUUUUAAAAAACAAAGUUGGUAUCACCACAGGAUGCUCCUUAAAUUUUAUGAAAAAUCUAAGCAUUCGAAAAUAUUGGCCAUAGUACUACACUUACAAAUUAUCAAAAAUUAGAAUUGUAAUAUAUAUAUAUAUAUAUAUAUGCAAAAUUCAACCAAAAAAAUAGAGUGAACACACACUUAAAUACAUUUUAGGACAUAAUAAAACAAUUUAAAUCUAUAUAUCGAAAAAAUAUUAAUAUAUUGAUUCGAAAUUUAAGAUUUUAAGAGUAUACGGUUUUGAAUAUUUCCAAUAUUAUUAUAAGUACAGCAUUUUUAAAUUGUACGUAUCUAGGUAGUUAGCUAAUUUAUAGUUAAAUAAAAAAUGAUCUUUAACUUUCUCUUUCUCGUAUUAUAUUAGGUGAUUGUUUUUCCGGAAAAAUUGCCGGCGACCGUUCUCGACAACUACAGUUAAUUGAUUUGUUCAUUAGAGCAUUAGAAAAUAAUAAAGAAUUCAUUGGAUUAGAAGUUCUUACAACAACACGAGUACCGAUUGUCCGUUUUUUCCAUAAUACCACCAAUUUUAAGUGUGAUGUGCAAUUUCGCAGUGGACUUGCUGUGCGAAAUUCGGAACUCAUUAAGUACGCAGGAAAUAUCACUAGACUAUAAAUAAUAAAUAUACGAAAAUACGUUGUAACGGUAAUAUUUCAAUUUACGAUAGUCCUAUAGUCAUAGUAUACAACUAAAUACAAUAGUAGGUUAUAUAUUCUCACAUAAACCUAAACUAUGUGCAUGUAGCAAGAAAGUUACCACUGGGUCUAUAAUAAAUAAACUACAGGAUUAGACAGUAUCUUGUAUCUAAAUAAUAUUUCGACCAGAACUUUUAUUCUUUUCAUGUUUUUAAGUGUUUUAAUUAUGUAUACACAAUAAGAUCUUUCAAAUUUCAUAUUACAGUUAAAUAUUCAUGUAUACUUAUUUUUUCAAGAAAUGCACACUAUAAAAUAUAAAACACUAGUCACAAUAUGGUUCCUAUAUAUUAAGUGAUUUUUUGAGAAACAGAAAGUAUUUCUUGGAAAAUUUGACUGUAACAUCAAAUUUGGAAGACCCUGUAUAGGUAAACAUUUUUUAACUAACAAUUUAUUCUGUAUGUUAAUAACUUUCUUAUUUGUGUUUUCAAAAAAUAUCUUAUAUAGAUUAUAUUUAUCAAUGGAUGAAAGAGUACGUUGGGUAGUCUCUGCUGUUAAACAUUGGGCUGUUACUUUUGAUCUCAUUGGCGACGAUUUUUCUACUUUUUCUGUAAUCUGGUUGGUGUUAUUUAUUAUGAUGCAAUACAAAAUUGUGCCACCUAUUAUAGAUUUAUGGGAAAAGUGUCAUAAUUUUGAACCAAAUCAUAUUGAAGGUAAUGUAUAUGCGAUAUAAGUAAACUAUACUAUUAUACUAACUUUCGUACUGACAGUUCAACAUGAACAAACAAGAUUUAAUUUUACUUUUCAAAAUCUUUAACUUAAAUGACACUAAACUUGACUCAAAAUUCAGGAUCUUAAAUCGUUUCCGGAAUUUGAAUUUGCAUACCUACAUCAAAUAAAACUAUUCUGCAAUGGUUAAAUAAAUCGUUUACUAAUACUAGUAGCUUAUUUAAUAGUUUUUCAAAUAUUAACUUUGCUUGUAACUAUGCUGGUUGCAAGUUGCUCUUGCGUGAGAUCAUUUUUUACAUUUUGUCUAGUAAAACAUAAACUCAGAAGCUGUAUGACAAAAUCGAUUAGGUCAGUGAUAUUAGUAUUUGUCGAACAAGAAGCAUCUGUAUUAGAUUCAGAAGAUAUUAUUGAGUAUUGUUAUAUUUAUCAACUUGAACUUGAACUUUAAUUUUUUUCAACAUAAUAAUAAUAAUAAACUUAUAAUUUGUACAUGUUUUUAUUUUUUUUUUUAAUUUUAUUUGUGUAUUUUCAGUUAGGUCCUUUAAUUCAGUAUAAUAUAAUUUUUAUUGUUAAAUUCAUCAACAUUUUUUUAUGUAUCGAAAAUUUCAGUAGACACGCGCAAUCUUGGUCAUUUAAAACAAAUAUCUUCACAAUUGUUUUACAUAAAGUAUGAGUGGGUACUAUUGGAUAUAAAUUAGAAUGAUUUAUAAUUUAAGUUGUAACCCCGUAAAAAAGGUCUGAAACCCCUAUCUAUAUAUUAAUAUGUUUAACGAUUUCUUGUCACAUUAUUGUUUUAUAACAACGAAAUUAAAUAAUGAUACUUUUUUUUUUGUGAAAUCAAGGUAAUUUAUAAAUUAAUAUAAAUUAUACGAUAUUCAUAUCAAAUACCCCGUAUUAGUCUGCUUUAGGGUUUCAAUUCGAGGGUAUAGCCUAUAUCAUCCAAGAUUAAUGCAUAGCUUUUUACCAGUUAAAGGAUUUUCAGAAUCAGAUCUGCAGUUCCAAAGAUUACCUCCUAUACAUAUAUACAUACAUAUAUAUAUAUAUAUAACUUUUUAUUUUAAAAUUAAAAGUACGAAAACCUAAUAAUAAUAGCUGUUUUCUUUUGUGUUACCAAGGUAACUUUUAAAUUAACAAAACCGUGUAUGCAAUGUGGGACGUUAAUUUUACACGAUUUUAUAUAGUCAUUGAAUUUAGCGUUUGAACUGUGAAAAAUGAAAUCUGGUUAGUUUAUUAAACACCAUGGUAACAUAAGGAAUCUAAAAAAAAUUUUUUUUUGAAAAUCGGUCCAGUAGUUUUAGAAAUUAUUAUCUACUUGCAAACAAAUUUAACCAAUCAAAUAUUUAAUAAAGUACAGAAUAACUAUAGAUUAUUACUGUUGCAACAAUAAAAAGAUAUCCUAGGAUAAUGGGGACGGGUGCAGCCAUACUAUUAUAGGUAAUUUAAUGUAUAUCUGUUUGCAACGAUUAACCAUUGCUAACAAAAAAACGAUUUUGAGCGGAGUUCAGUUAAUAAUGAUGCUUUGUUAACAAUGUAUAUGUCAUAUUAUGGUAAAAUAAUUAAAAAGUAAUUAUAUAUUAUCUUUCAUAAUAUUUGUUUACUGUACCGAUUUUCUCGUUUUUCCUCGCGUUUUUUUUUGGUUUUUCACAUUUGUUAAGAAAAAUUCUGAUAAAAUCGAAAAAAGCCUCUCUAAAGUACCUCCCCAGUCAAAUUUCCUUUUAGAAAAUUGAUAUCAUUAUAAAUUGGAGCAAAAUUGCUUGUAGAAAAGUUAUCCACAAAAACAUCUUUGUAAACCGAUAACCUUCUUCGCUCCAAUCUAAACCUAAAACAUAAAAGUAUAAAGUCCAAAACCUUUUUACAUAACUAUCGAAUCUUUAUAUAUUAUAACGGAUUACUAACAAGGGUAAAAUUGAAAAAACCUUUUAUUAAAAGUAAUAUAGGUAAUAUAACUAAUGUUUACCUAAAUCUAAAUGUAAGUAAAGAAAAUGUAAAUAUAAAUUGAUAACUAUCUACGAUUGUAUAAGCUAACUCCACUAAAGAAUGAAAGUUUAAGUUGGUAAAGUAGCUUUUAUCAGUAAAGGAUUUAACAAAUAAUUAGUGUAUAGAAAACUGAGAAAAAUAAAAAUCUAUCUAUCAUGGAUUUAUUUAUUUUUCGUUGCUCCCUCUUGCGUCUAGAUAGUAUUAAAUUUGUUUUAAGACAAUUAUAUUUAUAAAAAAAUUAUCUUAUGAUAAAAAAAUAAAAAACAAAAACAAAUAGUUUCCUUUUUCUCCUUUUUGAACCAAUAUGUAUUUUAUACCAAACUUGAAUUUUCUGUAUGUUGAUUUGGGCGCAACCUUUUAUUAUAAAUACAUUGUUAAAUAAAAUGUAUAAAUAAAUUUUAAACGAUGUGCGUAUUCUAAUGCGACUCAUAAAUAUAAUAUUUUUUCUGCAUAAAUUAUCGUUGUAUAGUGACUAAAAUAAAAAUUACAUUCAUUGCUAGCCUCUAGUUUGUACAUACUUACACUAGUACAAAAUAUUGUUGUCCUGAAAUCAAAGCACGUCGUCUAAAUUCCAGAUACUUGUAUCUAAAUUAAUUCAGUCAAUAUUUGAAUUAAUAAAACCUAUUAAAAAAGCCACUAUGGCGGCUUAUUAUAAAUGUAUAAACAAUAUUUCCGUAGUGGUACCUAUGAUUAUUUAUCUAUAUUAAUCUAUAUAAUUAUUAGAAGUAAAAGGUGAAGAAGGAUGUGAUUAAGAAUGAUAUGAGAACAGUAGAUGUAUGCAAGGACGAUGAGAGGGAUGUGGUCAAAUGGAAGUUUAAGACGAGGCUGACCAACCCCAAAUAGUUGGGAUGAAAGCGAAACUGAAAAAUCAUAUUAAUUAAUAUAAAAAUUAAAUAAUAUAGGUAUAUUCGUUUAUAUAAUUAUAUAUUUGGGUGUAUUUUUUUUCAGAUUGGGAUACGAGUGUUUGUUUUAAUAAUGAUCAUCUUAUGUCAAAUAUGACUUCUAAAUCAAAAAAUCAUACAAAAUGGGAAUUACUUCGGUUUGUUUUUGAAUUCUAUUCAGAUCCAAAUAAACUACAAAAUUAUGUACUAUGUACAUUUUUUGGAGAAUUACUCCCAAAAAAAAAGUUUUACUCGAAUUUUAUUACUAAAUUCAGUACAAUAGACUAUAAUUAUAAGUUUCAAAUUAACACGUUUGAAAAAUGUAAAGUUUUGGUAAAUAAUAAUUUCGGUAAUCCUAAAAGAAUCGAAUUGCAAAAUCCAUUGAAAUUGUGUAAUAAUGUGACUGCAUGGCUCAAUAAUAAAAACAUGGAAUUGUUUAUAGAUUUAUGUAUAAAAUCAGCUAAAUCUAUGUAAAAUACAAAUAAAUUUCAUAUGCAGCUCAAAGUUCAAAUAUAAUGAACGUUGAUUAAGAUUAUUAUGUUUUUAUUAUUUCUUUCAAUAUCCGAUGAGAGCAGAG